AUGUGGCCCCCAGUGCCAUGUGGAAACGCUGAGGACCCCGAUGGCACGGCGGCCGCACGGGCGGCCAACGCACCGCCGCUACUGCCGGCCAGACGACGGCGGGCUCUAACAAUUCCGCUUCCUUCUGAAGAUGGUGGAGAAGAGGGAGAUGGUGAGGGCGGCAGUAGAGAUAGAGGAGAGCAGCAAAGCAGCAGCAGCAGAUACAUACUGCGAAACCGGCCUAGCCUAAAUAUCACAAAGGCUGCCCGCAAAACUUCAUCUUCGAGCAGUCAGCGCACAGCCGACCAAUCUCAGUCUCGGCUGCUUUCGAUACUGCCCGCCGAGAUUCGCCAAGUUAUUUGGAGGCACACCGUGGGCGGGCAGCUACUUCACAUGGCCCGUGUCCCCAACAGACUUGUUGCUCUUGAAUGCGCUCAGCUAAAGGACCUGACUAAGGACCUGGAGACCCUCAGGCAUGACUGCUGGUGCAUGCCGAGAAUCGGAGCCCUUCGUGGUACCAUUGCUCGCGUUUACCGAGCCAAGAAUAGUACCCAGCCCACACGACCUGCUAACCUUCUUCCUCUGCUGCAGACCUGUCGGCUAGUAUACGCUGAAGCAGUGUCAAUGCUAUACCAAGACAACAUCUUUGAUAUUGAUCACGUGGAUACACUCCUUUACAUAAAAAGAUGUAUACUCCCUCAGCGUCUACAUCAGAUUACAAGACUUAACUACUCUUGGGAUUUCUCUCAACCUAUAUACCCAGACUCUCCACGGUACAAGACCUGGUGUGAAGCGUGCAAUGUGCUCUUAAGUCUCAGCAGACUACAGGAGCUUACAAUACACCUCACCGGAACUUUCCAUGUAACCUCGGAGUAUUACGAAAGCUGCGGACACACCCAAGGAAAGAGCUUAGUGUCCCGCGAGGAGGCUUAUGUGCGAAUGCAAGCUGCUGUUGAUGCACGAAAUGAUGGGAGGGACAUCUUCAUUCUUGCCCGCACGGAUGCGCUGAUGCAUGGCUUGGAUGAAGCCAUGACCCGCGCCAAAGAGUUCAAGCGGAGUGGCGUCGACGCGAUCUUCGUCGAGGCUCUUCCAGACCGUGAAGCCAUGAAGCGACGUGCGCAAGAAAUUGAGAUCCCGGUCUUCGCCAACAUCAUUGAGGGUGGUAAGACAGAGAAUCUGUCAGCCAAGGAGAUCGCCGAUUUAGGAUACAAUGCGGCCGCGUAUCCUUGGACCUUGGUGGUGGCUCACUUGCAGAGUGUUCGCGAGGCUUUGGAUGGGCUCAAGAAGAGUAUGACUGUGGGCGCUCCUCCCAUGAUUUUGAUUUAUGAUGAAGUCUGUGAAGGCGUCGGGUUCAAUAAAUAUUGGAUAAGUUUUAUUUGA